UACUCAUCAGUAGCAGUUAGUUGGUCGUUGGACAGCUUUAACACCGGUUUGCUUGUUGCCUGUUGUGUGUGCGCGCGCCACCGCCCGGUGCCACACCGCUUAUUAACAUUUCCAGUUUUUUUGUUUGUUUUGUUUCAAAUCCGACCAUCUUGCGCACCGUUCCGUUUCGCGAUAGCCGUCGUUGUCGUCUUGACUUGUCCGGGUAUUCCCAGUGCUCCUAGGCUCCAGUGUUGUUGUUGUUGUUGUUGUUGUGGUGUAGUCCAAGGUUUAAACGCCACCAGGAUCACCGGAUAAGACUUUUGAUCGUCCAAAUUUCGUGUCGCAUUUCGUGGUUUAUUCUGUCGCAGAGUCUGAAUCCAAGAUGAACUCCAACGCCGUCGCUGCGCUGUUGUUGGUGGCGCUCGCCAUCUGUAUCGGUGAUAGUGCGGAGAUACCGCCACUGCCGGUACAGGAUACGGACCAGCCGAAGAGUGCGGCCACGGAGCAACCGGAUCAGGACUCGUAUCUCGGUGUGAAGCUGUACAAGAUGGAGCGACCGUGCGCGAUGCUCGGUGGGUUCUGUGUGCAGACGAGCGAAUGCAACCAUCGUCCGGCCAACAGUGGUCUCUGCCCGGAGAAUGGCCAUCUCGGUGUUGACUGCUGCUAUGAGGUGAAACCGGCCAGCAAUCUGACGUGCCACGAGUACCGUGGGGCCUGCAUGGACCGGUGUGCCGAAUCGCUGCAACGUCCGGCCGCGGACUGUACCGAUGGGCAGCGAUGCUGCGUAUUAGUUGGCUAGACGAUGACGACAACGACGACGACGACGAAGACGACGGCCCAGGUUGACAUUCCGUUCGGAGCAGAGAUAGAGAUAGGAACCGCUAGGAACUAGACGCUUAUGACCUUUCCGCCAAAGCAAACCAAAACCAACAAACGAAUUCUGUUCAAUAAAAGUGUGACCGUGUGUGUAUGAGUGUGUGUGCGAGUGAGUGAGUGAGUGUGUGUGCGGUUGAAAGAGCUUUAAGUUUAA